GCCAAACGUCUGUGACGAACACUGCAAGGGUUUUGCACCGACUUUUUACUACACCUUAAUCGCUAUUUUGUAAAACAUUUCGACCUUUCGACCUGCUGCAUCGACUGCGGCUUCCUUGAACUUGAUAUCUGGCUACGAGCGACCCCAGCAACAUGGAGGAGGACAAGAGACUCGAAAGGCCCACAAGCACACAUAGCUCUGACAAGGAAGGAGACAGCUUCGAAGAUGCAUCUGAGAUUACCCCUCGCCCCGUAUCACACUCAGAGCGCUCGCAAUCACGAUCACGGUCGCUCAUAAGCAAGCGCGAAUCUACCGACACCACAGUGCAAGAACCCAAAGCCGGAUCCCCUGCGUCUGAAGUGCUAGAAGUGCCAGAAGUGCCGGAAGUGCCUACCCAGGCCAAUAACGAAGCAGCGCAGACCAAGGGCGAAGUCGAGGCCACCGAGACAUCCACCGAAGACGCACCACCACCCGCCAAGUCGCCCUUGCUCACGGCACACAGGAUAUCAGUGACAUCAGACAUGGACGAUGUGUCGCUGGAAGAAGAAGGCACGAAAGACCCUGGUCUACUACCGAAACUGCCACCACGAGACUCAAGAGACUCGACCGCCUCAGCAAGCGGGCUGCAAGGCCUGUCUGGCCAAAUGUCUCCUGUCAAAUUCCCUCCACCACCGCCUCCCCCUGUCAUUCACGAAAAGCCCGCCCCGCCAGCCCCGGUAACAAGAAAGCUUACAAGUCCUUUUGCAUGGCUUUCACGGAACAGUUCGAGCAAGAAGCCCGGGUCGCCACCUCUGCCUCUUGCGGAUCGCCGUAACACGAAUGCAUCAAUCCAAUCUCUGGGUAGCAAUCCAGAGCUCACCUUGAGCAGAAUCGACGACGAAGAUGAUCAGAAGGGCAACAACCGAUCAAGUCAGGGAAGCCUGCGUGAUCGCUUCAAGGCUUUGAGGAUGAGGGAGGAGGCUGGAAUUACCAUGAACGAUGAGACAACUGGCGAACCAGGUCUUGGGAUAACAAGUCCAGGAAGUGUGGUUGAGAAAGAGGCUGUGACAAGUCCUGGACCAGGAGGCAUCGCUCGACAGCCGACCAUCAACCCCGCGCUUGCUCCAGGCACCGCAGCUGGCUUCGCAACUGGUCCAUCAGCGGAAGAGGCAGAGCCAGUGGAUUGGGACCUAUGGCAGUCCGUAGUGAACGAGGGUCCCACUGUCAUUGCACAAACCAGUCCGGAGGAGCUGAACCGCGCUGUUGCCAACGGCAUCCCCCAGAUCAUCCGCGGCGUCAUUUGGCAGGUCCUGGCGCAAAGCAAGAACGAAGCGUUGGAGCAACAAUACAGGGAACUUGUGGCUCGAGGGACGGACAAGGAACAUAUGUCAGUUCAGAGUCAUGCGCACACGAACGGGAAUGGCAAAGAGAGGGACUCCGUUGCAUCAUCUGCAUCGUCAAUCCACUCGGACUAUUCAACUCCAGCUACAACCACUGGAAGCACAAAUGCGCCUCUGGGAUCACCAUCAGUCUUGUCAGAAACCUCCGAGGAUCCCAUCAAGUACCAAGCCAGACUGGCCGCUGAGAAGAAAGACAAGACUGCGGCAAUCGUCAAACUUGAGAAGACGAUCAAGCGUGACCUCGGCGCACGGACAAGCUAUUCGAAGUAUCUCAUGGCGGCUGGCUUGCAAGACGGACUCUUCGGUAUCUGCAAGGCGUACGCCCUUUACGACGAAGCCGUGGGCUACGCUCAGGGCAUGAACUUCAUUGCUAUGCCGCUACUCUUCAACAUGCCAGAAGAGGAGGCUUUCAGUCUGUUUGUGACUCUGAUGAACAAGUACGGCUUGCGCGACCUGUUCGUUGCAGACAUGGCAGGACUGCACCUGCAUUUGUACCAAUUCGAGCGCUUGCUGGAAGAUUUCGAGCCCGCCCUGUACUGUCAUCUGCGCCGCCGAGAGGUCAAGCCUCAGCUCUACGCCACCCAGUGGUUCCUCACUCUGUUCGCCUACCGAUUCCCCUUGCAGCUCGUUGUCCGCAUCUACGACUUGAUCCUCUCCGAUGGUCUUGAGGCAGCUAUCUUGAAGUUUGGUCUUGUUCUGAUGCAGAAGAACGCUGAGACGUUGCUCGGUAUGAAGGACAUGUCAACAUUGACAAAUUUCCUGAAGGAGAAGCUAUUCGACGUUUACAUCGACAAGGCUCCUUCGGCCAAUUCCAUCCUCGAGAAUGGUUUCUUCGGCUCAACAAGCGGAGUCGACAAAGAAAUUUACCGCGCAGAUCAGCUCGUUAAGGACGCAGUGGCGGUCCAGAUCACACCAGAGAUGCUGAAGGAAUACACAGCGGAGUGGAAAGAGCAGCAGCGGAUAGAAAAAGAGCGCGAGACCGAACUGCAAGGCCUGAAGGAGAAGACUGCCACACUGGAGACCAAGGUCAGGUCACUUGAGAACCGCGCCGAGCAGUCCGACAGGGAACAUGUCGAAAUGGCAUCUGAGCUCAUCAAGACCAAGGUCGAGAACGAGCAGCUCGCUGAAGAGAAUGAGACUCUGAAGACGAAGGUCGAGGAACUCCAGAAGAUUGUAGACACACAGCCUGAGGAAGUCGAGAAGAGGCUGCAGAACGAGAUGGAAACCGUCAUGCAGAAGAACAUCGUAGUUCACAACGAGAACCGAGCCCUGGAAGAGCAGAUGGCCGAAAUGGAGCAGGAGCUGGUGGAUACCAAGAUGAAGUGGGCGACAAUCAACGAAGAACACGAGAGUCUUAAGCAGAAGUGGAACAAUAUAUCCCAGAUGAUGAGGUAACCUCAGCUUCUGGGUUUUGUCUUGUCAUUGCAGGCGUUUGGGUUGACUUGCAUAUAGCACAUCGGCGCCAUCAGAUCUACCUGCGACCUAUCUCAUCGCGUCGAACGCGCACUAAUUCGAUUCUCCGAGUUCAUAUUCGCCGCAGUCGCCGAGAUUCCUUAGAGCUGGCGUCUUUCUUUCCAGUACACAUGCUUCGGCAGCUCACAAUUACGAAUAGCUCGCAUCUCAAUGUAUACCCACGGAUCGAUCACACAACUUGUUUUGGCAUUUUCUGUUUCAGCUUUCGCUCGCUUCCUGGAUAGUGUUCAUGUAUACGGCGGACUGAAAGUGCAGAGGUCCGACAUUUGGAUACAAAGUCAUCCUUACGACUCGUUAGGAGUCUCUAC